GCCUCACCCCGGGCGACCCCGGAAGUGGGUCGGGGGCUUGGCCUCUGCCCGGCCUCGGAGCCGGAGCGGUAGGUGUUCGAGCCGAGAGAUCUUGUCCGGCGGCGGACCCCGGGCAGGGCCCGGGCCAGGGGUCCAGGAUGCUGAACGUCCCUUCCCAGUCUUUCCCGGCCCCCAGCUCACAGCAGCGCGUCGCCUCCGGGGGGCGUAGCAAGGUCCCUCUAAAACAGGGCAGAAGUCUUAUGGAUUGGAUUCGACUCACUAAAAGUGGAAAGGAUCUAACGGGAUUAAAAGGCAGGUUAAUUGAAGUAACUGAAGAAGAACUUAAAAAGCACAACACAAAAGAUGAUUGUUGGAUAUGCAUAAGAGGGUUUGUUUAUAAUGUCACUCCAUAUAUGGAGUAUCAUCCUGGUGGAGAAGAUGAACUAAUGAGAGCGGCAGGAUCGGAUGGUACUGACCUUUUUGAUCAGGUUCAUCGUUGGGUCAAUUAUGAAUCCAUGCUGAAAGAAUGCCUGGUUGGCAGAAUGGCAGUUAAACCUGCUCUUCCUAAAGACUAUCAUGAAGAAAAGCAAGUCUUAAAUGGCAUGGUUCCCAAGAGCCAAGUGGCAGAUACACUUGCCAAAGAAGGUUGUAGUUCUCCAAGCUAUGACUGGUUCCAGACAGACUCUUCAGUGACUAUUGUAAUAUAUACUAAGCAGAAGGAUAUUAAUCUAGACUCAGUAAUAGUUGAUCAUCAGGAUGAUUCCUUUAGAGCAGAAAUACUUAUCAAGGAUUAUUCAUAUAUUAUACACGUUGAACUAAGCCAUGAAAUUGAAGAAGAUUUUUCUGUGCGGGUUGUUGAGAAUGUGGGAAAAAUAGAAAUUGUCCUAAAGAAAAAAGAGAAUGCUUCUUGGAAACGUCUUGGUCACCCCCUCGAGAAUCAUAAUUCACUUAUUCUAAGGAAAGAUACAGGUUUAUACUACAGAAAGUGCCGGUUAAUUUCCAAGGAAGGCGUUACUCAUGAUACGAAGCUUUUCUGCCUGAUGCUGCCACCAAGCACUCAUCUUCAGGUGCCAGUUGGGCAACAUGUUUACCUCAAGUUAACUAUUACAGGUACUGAAAUUGUGAAGCCAUAUACACCUGUAUCUGAUUCCUUACUCUCAGAGUUCAAGGAACCAGUUCUUCUCAACAAUAAAUACAUCUACUUUUUGAUCAAAAUCUAUCCUGCUGGACUCUUCACACCAGAGCUUGAUCAGCUUCAGAUUGGAGAUUUUGUUUCCGUAAGCAAUCCUGAGGGCAGUUUUAAAAUAUCCCAGUUCCAAGAAUUAGAAGAUCUCUUUUUAUUGGCAGCUGGAACAGGCUUCACACCAAUGGUUAAAAUACUGAAUUAUGCUUUGACUAACAUACCCAGUCUCAGGAAAGUGAAGCUGAUGUUCUUCAAUAAAACAGAGGAUGAUAUAAUUUGGAGAAGCCAGUUGGAGAAAUUAGCAUUUAAAGAUAAAAGAUUUGAUGUUGAAUUUGUUCUCUCAGCACCCACUUCUGAAUGGAAUGGCAAAUGGGGACACAUUUCACCAGCUCUUCUUUCUGAAUUUUUGAAAAGAAGUUCAGACAAAUCCAAAGUCCUCAUCUGCAUUUGUGGACCAACCCCAUUUACAGAACAAGGAAUACGGUUGCUGCGUGAUAGGAACUUUUCCAAAGAGGAGAUCCAUAGUUUUACAGCAUAAUGAAGAGCUGUCAUCGUCCUUUAUUCAACUGUUUCGUCUAAGUUUGUGAUUACUUAGUAUUUUUUAAGAGAACAUUUUUGUACAUACUAACUAAAAGGUUAACUAGAAUCCAGGUUUCAGUUUCUUCAAUGAAAUCAAAUGUUCCUUCAGUAGAGGCAACUUGUUGACUUUAUUUUGUACCAUAACUUAUUUUGCUAUUGAUAUUUGACCUGGAAUCGACCAUGGCAACAAGUACAUACAGGUGUCUUUUGUGAUGAGUCACAGACUUCCUUACCAUUUAAAGUGUAUCACUGUACUACAGUAAACUCUGGUGUUUUAUGACAUGAUAAAGUAAAUGAUCAUUUUGAUCACAUUUCUAUGCUGUAAAAUGUCUUAUUAGCAAUACAGAUUAAAUUUUACAUUGCACUGUUAACUCAGGAAAUGAUCAUUUAUGUCCUUGUUAUUAACUAUUAAAACAUGGAAUGUUUUAACUUA